AUGGACCCAACGGUAAUGCGCAAUUUGCCUGAGAUGGCCAACGGUGGCUCCCACUCCUCAAAUACCAAUGGCGCAAGGACAGCCCCAGACAGUCAAGACCACAGUGGAGUUGGCAUGGACACGGGGAGCUAUGCCAAACAUCCGGAUUAUGAGCCAGUGGCAGAGCAAAGCCCGUCCAAGCCAUCCAGAUCCAAAACAAAAACAAAUUCAAGGCAACACCCAUCAGGAGGAUCGCUUUCAACCAGAGCUAGAGACACCGAACCGAACUAUACCACACAUCACUCUGGUCCAGACACAGCAUCGGGAUUUUCGGACGAGUCGCAUACACCUCGAGGCCUUCCACCCAUCUCUAAUCUUUCAGAAGCUGAGGUGGCCGCCCAAGAAAACGAAGAAUCGACACCACUAAAGGGCUCCGCCGGUGCGAGUCCAAAAUCAAUUCCGAGUCGUUCGAAUACCAUGCGCUCUACAUCCUCACAGCGCCGAGAUUGGGCAUCAGAUCGCUCGCCUCUUCAAAAACUCGAGGUGACGCUGAAUGGAAUCAGCAAAGAAGAAAAACGAGCAAGGGUCCAGGAAGCAGAAAUGCGACUUCGAGAGCGCCUAGCCCGUCAAAAGGUGGAGAAAGAGCAGGCUGAAGCAGCGGCCAAGAUGCUGGCCGCAGCGGCGGCUGCUGCUCCUAAACCUAGCUCGAAGCAGGGCUCAAAUCUAGAGAACAGAACGCCCUCUAGCGCAAAUCGAGAGCGGGAGCGCAAACCCAUCACCCUUGAAGACAAUGGGCGAGACGGACCGGUAGCCCCUCGACAGCCGAGAGAAGCCCCAGUGCGUCAUAACAGGAGUAUUUCGACGAAUCCUCAGUACCCGGUCAUGAACGGCCCCGAAGAUGCCCAGUACGCGCGUGCACAGGCCGCUAUUCCCCAGUCCGCAAAAUUGGGCCAAGUUCCCCGAAGAUCGAUAACAGUGAGUGGCCCAGCCGCCAAGCCUGGGCCACCCGGUGAUACCAUGAGGCAUACUCGCUCAGUAUCUACGCAAGGAGCCACCAAGCAACGAAACUUUGUUGCCCCAGUUGCUUCUCAGGUCGCCGCUAUUUCUAACGCCCCUGUCGUUCUUAGCGAAGAUACUGUGGCGACCCCUCCGGCAGCACGAGCCGUUCAAGGAAGUGCUCAAUCACUCUCCAAGCCUAAAAAGCAGACUGUAUCAUUUAAUGUACCACCACCGACUCCGCCCCCGAUUUUCGACUGGAAGAAUGCACCCGUUCUACGCCUGGAAAUGUCAGAUUUCGAUUUUCAGAACCUUGACAUGGAAAAGAGUAAGGCCUGGUGGGAAGGUGGUGCCUCGAAAGAUCGUAGAAAGAGCAGAGCCCUCCCAAAGAAUUAUCAGACACCCGCUCAGAAGUUGACAGGAGUCACCCAACACAAGAAUUUCGAACCGAAGUUGUUCCUUCAAUGUGGACCACUGCUGCGGUAUACCGGAAUAAAGAAAGUCAACGCCACAGGCCCCCAAGGCACUGUUGCCAAGGAUAUAUGGCGAGGCUCCAUCCUAAUUGUGACAAGAGACUCUCGUUCAUCAUAUAAAAGCCCGCCUACAUUACGCCUCUUCUCACAACCAAUGAAUCUCCUACCUCCCCCACCCGCAGAGAUCAGUCGUGAGGAUGGUGUACAGCUCGCGCCCGAGUAUAUUGACCCUACUGCUGGUCUUAUGAAAGUUGGCCGGGAUGGAAGACCGCUUUAUGUUAAGCCAGUCGAUUAUCUCGAAGAAGAGGUUGAUCUUUCUGCGGUGGAGAACGACGAUGGAAUUUAUGAAAUGAGCCCGAGCAAUGGUGAUUACAAGUCAGAGGGAUCGGGCCAACCAAUCUCCGUAAACCGAAUCCAUUCAGUCGACGGUGAGACUGCUAGCUUGCACCGAGAUAUCGCUGGUGUGCGCCUUUACGCCGAUACCGCCAGAGACGUGACAUUCUGGAGAUUCAGUAUUGAGGUUGAGCUUGGUACAACACAACAGCGGAUUGCCUACCGUAUCAACCAGGGUCCUGCCUUAGGUUUCUGGGUACCAGCCGUUGGACAGCCCAUGAAUAUCAUGUACCACAGCGGUAAUGGGUUUAGUCCUUCUGUUGACUCCAACCCCUUCUGUGGGCCUGAUCCUUUAUGGCGCGAUAUCCUCAACGAGCACCAGACUCAACCAUUCCAUGUGAUGAUUGGUGGCGGUGAUCAAAUUUUCAAUGACAGCGUCGUCACAGAUUCCCACUUUUUCCAAGAAUGGACUAAAAUCAAAAACCCUGCCGAGAGAUACAGCAUGCCUUUUACUCCGGAAUUCCGUGCUGAGGUUGAGCAAUUUUAUUUGCAUCGCUACGUCUCAUGGUUCUCACAGGGUCUUUUCUCCCUUGCCAAUUCCCAAAUACCCAUGGUAAAUAUGUGGAAUGACCAUGAAAUCUUUGAAGGAUACGGCUCUUAUAACCCGGAGUUUAUGCAAAGUAUGGUCAUCUCAGGCCUGGGAAGAAUUGCAUACAAGUACUACUUGUUAUUCCAGCACCACAGUGUUCCGGACGAGACCGAGGAGGAUGAGCCUAGUUGGAUUCUUGGUGCUCACCCAGGUCCUUACAUCCAGCAAAGAAGCCGAAACCUUUUCAUGUCCCUGGGCGGUGACGUUGUUCUCUUGGGCCUAGAUUGCCGAACUGAAAGGACAAACACUGGGGUCCUCAGUGAAGAGACCAAUGAAUUGAUCUGGGAUCGAUGCCACCAAGAGAUAGCUCGGGGCGAAACUAAACACAUGAUUGUACUCUGCAGUGUUCCUGUCGCCUAUCCUCGUGUGGCCAUGCUCAAGAACUUUAUGAAUAGCCGAAAGUCACUAGGAAAAUCCGGUAUGCUCGGUGGACUUGUGAAUCGAUCUGGCGCAAAUGUGGAAGUGUUUGAUGACCACUGGGCUGGCAAGCAGCUCAAGUCCGAGCGAACAUGGCUGGUUGAAGAUCUGCAAGAUUUUGCUGCAGAGAAGUCUGUUCGGGUCACAAUUCUGAGUGGUGAUGUUCACUUAGCAGCCAUCGGGCAAUUCUAUUCAAAUCCGAAAUUGAACCUUGCAAAGGACAAGGAUUAUCGAUACAUGCCCAACGUCAUUUCGUCUGCCAUCGCCAACGUUCCGGAGACGGAGCUUAUCUCAGACAUGCUCAACAAGCGCAACACUGUGCAUCAUAUAGAUUCAAACACAGAUGAAGACAUUAUUCCAAUCUUCAUGCAAGACGUUGAUGGUAAGCCCAGAAACAACAAACGUCUGCUGCCUCGACGAAACUGGUGUUCAAUCAGAGAAUACCGUCCUGGUUUGACGCCCGCUGGAACGCCUGACUCCUCGAUUACACCUACACCCGAGCCUCGCCCCAAUAAACUUCAGCGAACGCUGUCUUUAGGACGUGGUGAUAGGCCCCCCGAGACCGGCCCCAGUAAAGCUGGUGGCCUGUUUAGACGACUAUCUGGACGUGGACCACCACCUACCAGAGCCAUGAGCUUUGGCCGCGAGAGUGGCAUGCCUGCUCGACGAGCCAGUAUAGACUCUACUGCCAUCUCUCGCCCAAUGGAAAGUGGGGACAGCUACUUCACAGGGGCAACCCAGGAGCCCCAGCCCGGUCGUUUCCACCGAAGACCUACAAACCUGAGUGACAAGGCCGCCAAGAAAACCAAGCAAGUUGAUGAUGGCGUAGGCGCCUUUGUAGACCUGGAAGGAGGUCUAGCCAUCACCUUGAACAUGGAAAUCAGCCCAUCGGAUCCUUCCGGCAUCACCAUGCCGUAUAAACUCCUCGUGCCUGCUUUGCGGUACGAGGGUGAUGGUGAUGAGCCCUUGCCUACACCUGUCACAAAGGGCUGGCGGAAAUGGCUGAAUAUGCCGCGUCGCAAGAAGAACAGUCGUGCGACUAGUGAUGACUAUGAUGACGAAGAGGAGGAAGAGGAUGAAGAAGAGGAUGCCGACGAAUACGAUGACGAUGAUACCUUGAAUAACACUCGUGCGAAUGCAGUCACUGCGCAUCCACAGCAUGAUUACGAGGGGUAUCCUGGUAGUGAUGACUCUGAAAGCGAAGUGCCUCAACGAUUGCCAUCAGAUGUUCUCGCGGAUUCAUCACCCGAAGAGGAAUACGACGAUGAACCUGCUCCGAGGCGGAGGAAGUGGUUUGGAAAGAGAUGA